CGGGAAGAGCUUCGCCCGUUUAAAUCCCCUCUCGCGGCAGGCGCGGAGCCGCCGCCACCGUCUCGGGGUUGAUUCGUAGCACCUUGCGAGGAAGUGAAACGUUUCGCACGGAAGGGGCGGAGCGUCCGCCCGCGGGCAGCGGCUCCUCGGCGGCGGCUAAUAACAACAUUAGGAGAUUAGCUGCAACUUCUCCCCACUUCUCUAACCUUUCCCGGCCGAUAAUUUAACGUGCUUUCUUCUUACUCUUUUUUUAUUCCUCCUUUAUUUUUCCUUUUUUUUUUUUCUUUUUUUUUUUUUUUUUGGUAGGGAAAUACCCCCUUUUUGUAAACUAAAGAACGGGGUUGGGGGGGGGGGGUAAUCCGAGGCGUUUCUCUCUGUCCAUCUGUCUACCCUCCCUCUCCCCCUCCCCGUUUUUAAACCCCUUAGUCAGGUGUAGGGUACAAACUAAAAGCCACUACCACCAGCACCUCCUCCUUUAGGAGAUACUCCGGCCCGCCGCACACCUGCCUCGCUGGCAAGGCGGAGCAGGCAGGCAGGGGCAGGCGCUGGCGGGACGGGCGGCCGCGGGAGCGGGCCGGCCUCGCCCCUCGGUACUGCCCGCGGCGGCAGAAGACGAGCGGCUGCUACAGGGGGACCAUCUUGCCGCUGCUUCUCCGGCGGCAUUUCCGUGCGGCGGAGGGGCCGGCUGGGAGGGGAGGGAGAGCCUGCUGCACGGGGGUUCUGUUUACGUACACACAUAGCUGCGAGCGGGGAGUUUCUCCUGCCGGCGCGUCCUGCGAACUGCCUGGAGAAUCCCGAGCCGGAGCUCUCCCGAGCGGGGCGGGAGAGGACCGAGGCAGGGCAUGAGUUUUAGCGCGAAAAGCGGCGCUUUGCUGAGCUCCCGGGCAGCGCGGUGGUGGUGGCGGCAGCAGCCGUCCUGCGCCGCGGCGGCUCCCGCCUGGUCCUGCUUCGGUGGCAGCUGGUUGCGGCCCAUCCUGGACAUGUCCUACUCCCGUCACUUUCUGGAUUUCCAGGGCUCGUCCAUCCCCAGCUCCAUGAAGAAGCUGGUGGUGACUAAGCUGAGCCAAAACUUCAGGGAAGCGGUCACCCUGCAGCAGGACUCGCCCGUGCCACUCCCGGGAGACGGAGACCUCCUGGUCAGGAACAGAUUUGUCGGCAUUAAUGCAUCUGAUAUAAACUACUCAGCUGGUCGAUAUGACGCCUCAGUUAAACCCCCCUUUGAUAUAGGCUUUGAAGGUGUCGGUGAAGUGGUAGCAUUAGGACUCAGUGCUAGUGCAGAUUACACAGUGGGUCAAGCCGUGGCCUAUGUGAAAGCAGGUUCCUUUGCUGAAUACACAGUUGUGCCUGCCAGACAAGCAGUCCCUCUACCCUCAGUGAAACCUGAGUUCCUCACUUUAAUGGUAAGUGGUGCAACUGCAUACCUCAGUUUGAAAGAGCUGGGAGACUUGUCUGAAGGUGAGAAGGUUCUGGUGACAGCAGCGGCUGGAGGAACGGGCCAGUUUGCUGUGCAGCUUGCAAAGAAGGCAAAAUGCCAUGUAAUUGGAACCUGCUCCAGUGAUGAAAAGGGCGGCUUUCUGAAAUCCAUUGGCUGUGACCGUACCAUCAACUAUAAAACUGAAAAUGUCGAAGCUGUGCUUAGGAAGGACUACCCUGAAGGUGUGGAUGUGGUGUAUGAAUCUGUUGGGGGAAAGAUGUUUGACUUGGCUCUCAAUGCCUUGGCUAUCAAAGGGCGCCUGAUAGUUAUUGGGUUUAUCGCUGGCUACCAAAACCCCACUGGCCUCCAGCCCAUUAAAGCAGAAUUAUUGCCAGCAAAGCUAUUGAAGAAGUCUGCUAGCGUCCGGGGUUUCUUCUUGAACCAUUACCUUUCUGACUACAAAAUGGCUCUGCAGCAUUUGCUCAAGAUGUAUGAAAGAGGAGACCUGGUUUGUGAGGUGGACUUUGGAGACAUGUCUCCGGAGGGCAAGUUCACUGGCUUGGAAUCUGUAUUCCGUGCUGUAGAUUACAUGUACAUGGGAAAAAACAUUGGAAAAAUUGUAGUUGAAUUACCUCACUCUGUCAACAGUAAGCUGUAAAAACAGAACAAUGAUAUAAAUCAGAAGAGAGAAAAUGGGCACUUUAUGCUUCACAUUUACUAGAAACAAUUUCUAUUUUUACUCUUAAUAAUGGAUAUUAUAUUAAAAAACAGCAAUAAAGUGUUAAUAAAAAGGGGUGGGUUUUUUGGGAGGUGUUUGUUUUGUUUUGUUUGUUUUUAUUUUCUUAGUAGUGUUUAAAUCAGUGGCUGUAGCAGGGACAUAAUGGGCCUGUGUUUGAUACUGUCACUUAGGUUAGUGUGAGACAAGAACAUUGUUCUUGACAGAAUAAGUCUUGAUGCAGAGGCAGAUUUAGUGUGUCAGCCUGAUUUGAUAAGACUUCAUAUGUAGUUCAGCUCAGGAAAAAAAAAAUCUUUCAGCAAUUUUGAUUCCCUGUUUUAAAAAUAAAAUUGUUAGAACAAGAAUAAGUAAAGAGUUGUAUCUUUGGGUUGCUCUAUUAAUCUUUUGAAGUUUCUGGGAAAAAAAUGCUCUUGAUUUUUUGUCACAAACAUGAUAAUCAUAAUUCAGUUGCAUCAUGGAUCAUAGUAAUAUUUGUUGACUGGUUACACAGAUAAAUUUAUCCUCCAAUUCUGACGUGUCAGUAAUAUUAAGCAACUUGACUUUUUUUUUUUUUAAUCCUCUUUCAUAACUAUAAACAACUGUGCAAUUUUCUUUUAAGUCUUUAACUACAAGUUGCAAUAUAGUCUCAUUUUGUUGCCUUUUCAUUUUACACUGUUACUGUUUAUUGUCCAGCCUUCCCUAUAGUCAGUAUUUAAAGAUUAUUGGAAUGGGAUUUUGAGCCAUGUUCAUGUGCGUUCAGGCUCUGUGUAUUUUUUGAAGAUUAAAUAAAGUUUUAAAAGCUA